AUGUGGAAAGUCAUCGAGAAACAAACCUACACUACUACUACUACUACUACUACUACUACUACUACUACUACUACUACUACUACUACUACUACUACUACUACUACUACUACUACUACUACUACUACUACUACUACUACUACUACUACUACUACUACUACUACUACUACUACUACUACUACUACUACUACUACUACUACUACUACUACUACUACUACUACUACUACUACUACUACUACUACUACUACUACUACUACUACUACUACUACUACUACUACUACUACUACUACUACUACUACUACUACUACUACUACUACUACUACUACUACUACUACUACUACUACUACUACUACUACUACUACUACUACUACUACUACUACUACUACUACUACUACUACUACUACUACUACUACUACUACUACUACUACUACUACUACUACUACUACUACUACUACUACUACUACUACUACUACUACUACUACUACUACUACUACUACUACUACUACUACUACUACUACUACUACUACUACUACUACUACUGCUACUACUACUACUACUACUAAAACAACUGUGAAUAAGUAA